AUGAAAUAUAUAGUGUUAAUAUUUUUACUUUAGCUUUUCUCAUUAAGUUUAUCUGAAGUUGUCGUAACACCUAAAAUUUAAUGCAGAGCAUAGGAGUGUGAGGGUGAUAACUUCUGUUUUUAAGGGUAUUGUACAUCUUGUGAAAUUACUAGAAGAUAAUGGAAUCAAGGAAAACCAUUAUGGGGAACCAAAGUUGGCGAGGCUAUUAAAGUGCCUGCAUAUUCUAAUUUCGGAGAUCCAAAUGUUUUAGACACUAAGAAAGAUGAAUUUUUAGAAGACUCUAAAAGAAUUUUUGGAGAAGAAGUAUAUGUCGGAUAAAAAUAUUAAUGCGUUCAAUUUGCCAGACGAUUUUGGAUCGUACAUUAUAAUUCAACCUUUGGAUCUGUUAAUUAUGCUGAAUAAAUAUUUUACCUUUAGCAAGCAUAUAAUUUUAAUACAAAGCAAUCCUUACAAUUAAAGAAAUUCUAAAACGGAGAUAUCCACCCUCCCUAAUAAGGUGACUUAUUGAUUUGGAAAAAGGAUGAAGAAGAAUUUCCUUAUGGACAUGUUGCAAUCGUUAUUUCUGUUGAAAUGGAAUCAAGUUACCCUCAUGUGUUGAUAGCAGAAUAAAAUUAUGAUUAAUCAUGGGAUGCAAGAAGCUUUUCCAGAGCAUUAAGACUUAUUAAAGGAGAGAAUAAUGAAAUUACGAUUUCCAAUAAUAGAUAGAUCUUCCCAACAAGAGAGGAUUUGAAAUGUAGAGAUACUGAAGUUACAUCUUAAGGUGUUAUUUUGGGUUGGGUUCGUUUGAAUAUUUAAUGA